AUGCCAGAAAACCACGGAAGCUCCCACGAGCCGUUUGCGAGCGGGGGUGGGGAGAACGCCGGGGCCACGGAGACGCCGGCGGCGCAGACUCUCAAUGCGGUGGCCAAGUCUGUCCAGCGAAAGGCAAGUAUGCCACGGUCGCCAGGGUUCUUCAGCUACGCCCAAAUGAUCGCCAUUGCUGCCUCUUCACGAGGAGCUACUUUUCCAGCACAGGUGAAUCGGACUGCCUCCAAACCACUCCCAUCCUUUUGCCCUCCUGACAAAAGCUGCCUCGAUUUGGCAGUGUCAGACCGCGUGACGCUGGUUUUAUCGACAGUGACUCCGCCACGCUCCCCCGUGGUCGCUACGGUGAUGUUGCACGUGUACGACCUGAGCCUCGGUCUUGUUAAUCGGCACAGUCAGGAACUGCUGGGAUUUCACGUUUCUGGCCUCUACCACAGCGCAGUGGUUUGCUACGGAAUGGAGUUCUUUUUUGGUGGCGGAAUAAGCGCUUUGGGAGCUGGCCGUACGCGUUUUGGGAAGAAGUACGAAACGCUUUUACUUGGCACAACAACAAAGACGCUUUCUGAGUUUAUGACGUGGAUUCGUCAGCUCGAGGAGGACAAGUAUCACGCGAGUGCGUACCACCCGAUUGAAUGCAACUGUCACAGCUUUACCAACGAUGCUGUAACCUUUCUACUCGGUUCAAGCACUGCCAUGCCUUCGUUUCUUUUCACCACCACCGAGCAGCUUUGCAAAUCGGGGCUGGGCACAGGCGUGGUGGAGCUCUUGACAUGUUACUCCCCAUACACAAACUACAUCAUGAAUCGUGGGCGGCACCAACAAGGGCUGGAACAGCUGCGCGCCGCGAUGUCUGUUACAAUGUCUGCAGCUGCAUGCGCUCUAAACACGGAACCACCCCCGUGUGUUGUUCUCUUCCGCGUAGAUGACCCUCUCAAGGGUCGCAAGGCCUUUGAAUCACUCAAGCCGUAUGUGGAGCAGUUGCAAGAACGCAGGCAAGUCGGCCCAGACGCCAAACUGGCCUUGAUAUCCGCAGAGCUCAUCGGUGCAGGUGUCGAGACGAUGGAUCCGAUGAUUUUUACUGAUUAUGCCGAUCUCAUUGUCCGUAUUUUGGUCCACACACAUAGAACGCUGUGGGGACCCGUGCUGAACUCUCUGCGUAUAGCUCUGCUACACAAGGGGGUGUUGUGCGCCUGUCUUUCCCACCCUACUUUCUCUGGUUUACUGGCAAUUGGUGCGCGGGAUUUUCUAAACAUGACUCCUGACGGCAAACUUGCGCUGCUGCGGGUUUUAUGCAAUUUGUCUUCGAGUUUUCAAGGCGCUCUGACACUGAAUUCCAACCGGUUUGCUUUUCUAUGGGUGAGCGUCGUCGGACUGGCGCUCGCGGAUUAUAAAAACGGUGCCAUUGUUUACACGGGCGCCACCCUGGCCGUAGAUUUGGCACAUGCAUUUGUCCUGACGAGACUUCCUCAGCUGUCGCAGGAACAUGCUGCAUCCAGUUCUUUUCUUCGCAUUAGUCGGUUGGUGACAGUUCUGCUCUUUUACCUGCAGCACUGGCCCCAAGGGCGAAUACCAGAGGCGACGAUGAACAUGAUGCUUCUUGCCCUCUUCUUUCUCAUGUCCAGCAGUCGAAAAGUUGUAGACUUUGCGGCAAACCAUGGAUUCAGACUAAGCUAUGACUCCAUGCUAAAGAGGGCACAGACGAACGAGAGUAAAGCACUCCUUGCUCUCAUGCAUGCCCUUGAGCGGCCUUGA